AUGGAUAAGACACCUAUACGAGAUGAUGUGAUUCUGAUUGUUUCUUUCAACGGGAAUCAAACCCGCAUAGUGAAGAAACUUGGAAAGAAUAGAUUCUAUCUCCCUCAUGGUAUUCAUGUGGGCAAGGAUGGCUUCAUUUAUACGACGGAUGUUGGCUCCCAUACGGUGGCGAAAUGGAAAAUCGCUGGGAAUGACCUUGAGCUGAUGUGGGAAAGUGGAAAGAAACUUACCCCAGACAGUGACGAAACUCACUUUUGCAAACCAGCUGGUGUUGUUCAAACCGACGAAGGUGUCUUUGUAGCGGAUGGAUACUGUAACAACCGUAUUGUGCAAUUGGACAGCGAAACUGGUAACAGAAAGGGCCAAUUUGGACUGCCAGGCAAUGGCCCUGCACAGUUCAAUUUACCACACGACGUUGUGAGCACACCAACUGGUGGUCAUCUUUUAGUAGCAGAUCGAGAAAAUGGUCGAGUACAGGAGCUGUCAACCCAUGGCGAUUUUAUCAUCGAAUGGGCUUCAAGCCUCUUCUCAAAUAUUUACUCAGUCGAUGCUCAGGAUGAGUACAUCUAUUUGUUGCCAGGACGUACGAGUCGUGAAAAUGAGGCUAUUCACGUCUUCGUUGGUCGCGCAGGGACCGGAUUAGUCGAGUUCGGAUUCGCUCCGACCAGCCGUCCAUUUGGACAACCGCAUGUGAUCCGCGUUUCACCAGACGGUCGCAGUAUCUUCGUAGGCGACAUAGCUAGUGGGAAAUCAACUCUAUGGAUAUUUAGGAUCCAACACGAUGGGCCCACUUCAUCAUUCCAUGGUUCGUCCUUCACGGGUGCGUUUGGCUCAGCGUCGAAGGCUACUGGAACUACCGGUAUCAUCAUCUUGGUUUCGCUAGCCUUUGCUGUACUGGUUGUUGGAUUCGUCGUGAUUCGAAGACGACGAUUAGCCUCUACUCGUGGGCAUGCGAAUUUUGACAAGAAGGUAUGA